AUGCCUAAAGUACCUACAAAGAGGAUAAAGAAGAACUCUCCACCACCAGAAGGGUAUGAUAAAAUCAGACCAACUUUAGAAAAGUUGUUAGAAAAGUUGAAACAAGCACAAUCAGAAGAUGAUAAGAUCAAAACUAAGAAUCAAUCAUUAUGGAAAAUCAUUCAAUUAAAUUUUCAAAUCACACGAUAUGUGUAUGAUAUGCAUUAUAGUCGUCAUUUAAUCAGUAAAGAGCUCUAUGGUUGGUUACUUUUACAGAAUUACGUUAAUUCUUCUUUAAUAGCGAAGUGGAAGAAACAAGGAUAUGAGAAUUUAUGUUGUGUACAAUGUAUCUUAGUAUCUGAUAAAAAUCAUAAGAAUCCAUGUAUUUGUCGAGUACCAAAGGAUAAGUUAUUUGAGAAUAAUGAAGAUCCAUCUAAAAUCAAGACUCUUGAAUGUAUUACUUGUGGUUGUAAAGGUUGCGCAAGUACAGAUUGA